ACUGCAAGACGCUGAUAUUGCGUUACCGUGUAGCAAAAUGGCGGCUGUCAUUCAGAACCCACUUAAAGCGUUGGGUGACCAGUUCUACAAGGAUGCCAUUGAGCAGUGCCGCAGCUACAAUGCCCGCCUGUGUGCUGAGCGCAGCGUGCGCCUGCCCUUCCUGGACUCCCAGACCGGCGUGGCACAGAACAACUGCUACAUCUGGAUGGAGCGCCACCACCGCAGCCCUGGGGUUGCUGCAGGUCAGAUGUAUACAUACCCCGCCCGCUGCUGGAGGAAGAAGAGGCGGCUGCACACCUCCAUGGACCCUCCGCUGCGCCUCUGUGGCCUCCAGAUAGAUGGAGGACUCACAGGCAAGGAUGUGAUUCCCACACAGGGCACCACGCUGGAGGCUCUUCUCAGAGGGGAGGGCUUAGACCAGAGGAACAACUCAAAGGACGAGGAGAGUCUCCUAGAGAUCCAGAGGGUCUUGGAGGCUGACGCAGCUGAAGAUGCUUACCAUGACGAUGAGGACUAUGACGUGGACACCCCCAAAAAAAGACACAGAGGAAAAAGCAGGGGUCGGAUUUCAGGUCGCAGGAGGACAGACAUGGAUGACCAGGACAAGCCAUAUAGCUGUGACAUCUGCGGGAAGCGUUACAUGCACCGUACAGGGCUGAGUUACCACUACACCCAUUCCCACCUGGCAGAGGAGAGGGGGUCCGAGUCCUCCCGGUCACCCUCCGCACAGCGCUCUGACCGACACAAACGUCAGAAGUGUCCAGGUAGUACUGCCAUUACCAAUAACUACUGUGACUCAUGCCGGUGCACCCCAGGCUCCAACAAGCAGAGGGGUAAAUCUGGGGAGAGGGGUCCCUGCUCAGUCUGCCGGUGUUCCACUGGCCGCCCAGAAGAGAAGGAGGACAGCAGGCCGUUUGCUGGGGCAGAGGAACUGUUUGGCACCACCUCGGAGAGUGACACGUCCACGUUUCACGGCUUUGAGGACGAUGAGCUUGAAGAGCCCUCGUCAAACGGCAAGGGGACGCCCAACCGAUACAGAUAGAGAAGAACUUUCUAGGUUUAAAGACUAUUUUUAAUAUGGAUAACCUCUGGCAAAAGUCUGCUGCUUCUUUUUAAAUGUUUUUAUUUAAAGUGAUUAUUUCAGGAGAGAAAUGCAAGAAGUGUUAUUUUGUUAUCUACUGAACCUUGUUUAAUAAUAUAUGAAUGUGUUUUUUUACAUUAACUUUGAAUGCAACUGAAGGUGUCUCUAGACAAAUGACUUGCUCCCUAUGUGAAAUGGAAAGAAUUUCUUGGAUUAUUUUUCCACUGGAGCGGAAAAGGCAAAUAUGUUAUGAAAAAACACUGGAACAUGUGGAUAUAAUUAUGCUCUUUUUGGGAUGAUUUGCCAGAGAAAAUAAAAUCCAAUAAUUUAUCUGAAAUUUAGUUAAAUGACAAUGUCUGGAUGGAGAAUGAAUGUCAACACAAACCCUUCCCUCGACUUGUUGAUGUCACUAGAAUCACCCAUGCAGUUUGGAAAGACGUCCACUGCUUCACCCUCUGGAUUAUAAUAAUGUGAAAAUGGAGUGGCGUGAAGCAAAGGAUUGAUGUGUGAAUUAAACAGAGGGUUGUACCAGAAGCAGGGCAUGGCCUGCUGAAAGGAGUACCAUGGCAUGAGGACCCAGGGGGCUUUGCAGCCAGUGAGGGGCAAGGUUCAGGACCCUCAACUGGGCCUCCACACAUCCCUUCACUGGGCCCAAAGACCCUAUCUGUCUUGACAGUCAGCCACCAAACAGCCAUCCGUCCAACCGCUAUAAUGCCAGCCUGCCAGCGACCACAUAACCUAAUCCUCCCUAACUCAGAUAUUUUCUCUUUUUGAAGCAAUUUCCCCCCCUGAGAAUGUAUUGUUUUUCUCCUGCUGUUUUCGUCCUCUACGGCUGUGGCCACCAUGCCCAGCCGGCGGGAUCCAAUGUGACACUGAGACGUCAUUAACUUCAUCACUGUGCCAGCCUGCGACCCAGGCAAGAAACCAGCUCUGACAGCCACGAUGACCCAGUGACCUCACUGGAACCACCCUGAACUUUAACCUCUGCCCCUGUCAUAGCUGCGGUGCUGGACUUCCUCUGUCACUUAUACAACAAAACCUCUGGACGACUUAGACAUUCUCUUACUCUUUUUAAUGUCACUUGAGUGGGCCAAACAAAUCAAGAGCUUUCUUGAAUCCCUUUCAUCCUGAAGUUAGAAUCGUGCUAUGUUCCUUUGUUUUGAACACGAUAUUGACAGUUUGGGUUGUUAGUGUCAUUUUGGUGAGAGGUGUAUAUUUUAUUAUUCUGUUUGUUCGGGCUUUGUUUAUACCUCUGUCUUUCUACAAUACCUACUUCUACUCAGGCGUAUGAUUUGUACUGCUGUUGAUUGUUCUCUGCGUCAUGAUGCAUUGAUUGUCAGCCACUGUCCCCUACCUGCCUUUUAUGUGAUUGUAUCCCUAUGGUUUAGUCAUCACAAUAACACGUUUAGUGAUCCCAGCUUUAACAAAUCACAGUAUUCUAAACUGUUCCCAACCAAGUUCAUGGGCACAUUACUCCAUAUUUUUUCCUUCCUCUGACUCACUUGUCAAAUGCUUUUGUCCAGAAUCACUUACAAGGCAUGUGUGCAUAAUGCAAGGAUAGUUGCUUACAAUUGCAGAAGGAGUCUUUAAGCUGUAAAACAUUUUUUUUUACAUUUUGCUUUUAAGUGCUAUAUAGCUGCGUUUACACGGGCAGCCCAAUUCAGAUCUUUCUUUGACCAAUCGCAUCAGAUAAUUUCCUAUCAGAUAUUUUGUGUCUUAAAUGUUGACUCUAGACACUCACUCACAUAAACAUUCUUAACACUGAAUUCCCUCAGGGACCCUUUCAUCUAGUUUUUAGGACUUCUAAUGGAGAAUUAUUUUGGUAUCAACAACAACUUCCCCAUCAAUUACUGUGUUUCCAUGGUAUCCUCAAAGGUCUUAAGUUAGUCAUAUUAAAUGACAACCUGGUUGCUAUUAUGGUCAUUGUUUUUCUCUCACUGCUGACGUCUUCGAACAAACAGCAUGAUACAGUAUACUUCCAACCAACACUUCAUGGAAGUCAGUGAUGUCUGUCUGUAUAGAAACAAGUGUCAUCAACACCAAUCAUGUACUAGUGCAUAGCUUGUAUACCUCAUCAAAGAGUCAGACACAGCAAUAACCCCAGAGCUCUUAGCAAGCCUUCCUGAGUUAGAAGGAAGCACAGGGGUCGGAAUAGAGCCAAGAGAUGAAAUGGACUUGACCAGUCAUUUUAUCUUCAAAUGUAAAUAACUCAAAUCGAGAGAAUUUAAGUCUUUGUUAAACUAUUUUUAUUGUAUUGAAAGAAAAUAAAGAAUGAGACUGCCCUCUCUGGA